AUGAUUGGUGCGUUGGGGAAAAGGCGGAUUUGGCGGCUUCGCGCGCGGAGGGCCUCCUUUAAGACAGCAUGGACGAGAUGGCGGCCUUGGCGGGUGGGCAGGGUCUCCUUUAAGACAGCAUGGACAGCCAUGUUUGGAUGUAUAUGUUCGCGAUUUACGAGUAUUUACUUGCAGGCUGGUGGCGGGUGA